GGUCGUUCUGUUUACAUGCGUGAACUCAGGAGGAGGGAUGGAAGCAUCUGAUGGAGGCACACAAUUGCCUGUAGUGAGAAGGGUGUUGUCCAAACUGUAUGUGAUGUUAUCUGUCAUUGUUGAAUUGGCAAAUAGUGCUGGGAAACACCCCCACGGAGCUCAUCAGAGUGCAGCAACAAUGGAUUGGCCCCAACAAAGAUGUAACAGGUGUUGUGAGAAGACAUCCCAUCUGAAAUGGAGGUGAUCCACGGAGCUGGAUGCUGACCCCAUCAACAUGGGGUUGCGGCUUUUGGCUUGUCUCUUCCAUCUGCCCACUGCAGUGAUCUAUGGGUCCUGUUCACUGUUUGUUUCCAUUUUGCACAAUGUAUUUCUCCUUUACUACGUGGACACCUUUGUCUCUGUUUACAAGAUUGAUAAACUAUCCUUUUGGAUAGGAGAGACGGUGUUUCUGAUCUGGAACAGCCUCAAUGACCCUCUGUUUGGCUGGCUGAGUGACAGGGUGUUCCUUAGUACACAGCAGCCAGGAGCAGAGAUUUCCUCCCCAGAAGUAGUUCUGAAGAGGCUCAGGGCACUAAGCCACAAUGGCCCCCUCUUUGCCAUCUCUUUUCUGGCUUUCUGGGUUGCCUGGGCUCAUCCUGGUUUGCAGUUCCUUCUCUGCCUUUGCAUGUACGACAGCUUUCUCACCAUGGUUGACCUCCAUCACAACGCCUUGCUUGCAGACUUGGCUGUUUCGGCGAAAGACAGGACUAGCCUCAACUUCUACUGCUCCUUCUUCAGUGCCAUAGGCUCGCUCUCUGUCUUCAUGUCAUAUGCAGUAUGGAACAAGGAAGACUUCUUUUCCUUUCGCAUAUUCUGCAUCGUGCUGGCCGCCUUCUCCAUCGUUGGUUUUACCUUGUCCACGCAGCUGCUCCGCCUGCGAUUUGAGACUGAUGGGAAGGCAAAAUGGGACCAGGAAUCAACCUUAAAAGAGCUAUACGUUGAGAAACCCUCUGUUCCCCAGGAGAAGAAGAUCACCCUGGCAGAGUAUCUCCAGCAGCUCUCUCGGCAUCGCAACUUCCUCUGGUUUGUCUGCAUGAACCUAAUCCAGGUUUUUCAUUGCCACUUUAACAGCAACUUCUUCCCCCUGUUCCUGGAGCACCUGCUGUCAGACCAGAUCUCUGUAUCUACUGGAUCCUUCCUCCUUGGUGUUUCCUACAUUGCCCCCCAUCUCAACAACCUCUACUUCCUGUCCCUCUGCCGCCGCUGGGGAGUUUAUGCUGUAGUCCGAGGACUCUUCUUCCUGAAGCUGGCUCUCAGUGUUGUCAUGCUCCUGGCAGGACCUGAUCAGGUGUAUCUGCUCUGCAUCUUCAUAGCAAGCAACCGGGUGUUCACAGAAGGGACCUGUAAGUUGCUCAAUCUGGUGGUGACUGACUUGGUGGAUGAGGAUCUUGUACUGAACCGCAGAAAGCAGGCAGCUUCAGCGCUGCUUUUUGGGAUGGUUGCUCUGGUCACCAAGCCAGGACAGACCUUCGCCCCCCUGAUAGGCACCUGGCUGCUCUGUGUGUACACAGGCUAUGACAUCUUCCAGCGUAACCCCUUGAGCAACGUGGUGAGUGCCCAGCCGAAGCUGGAAUCUGGUACAGUCUUGGAGCCAACUCUCCGCCAGGGCUGCUUUUAUCUCCUCGUCUUUGUUCCCAUCACAUGUGCACUGCUGCAGCUCUUCAGUUGGUCUCAGUUCAGUUUGCAUGGGAAGCAUCUGCAGAUGGUGAAGGCUCAGCGCCAAGGCCGAGCACCAGAAAUCAAAAUGAUCUAAGGGCAUUUGUGCCCCUGGGGGUGCUUCUGUUUCCAGGCUGGUGUGGGACUGCUGGCAAAGUGAAGGGAUUGCUGGCUGGGAAAGCCCCCAUGUUUACAAUUUAACUGUGAUGUGCUGUGAUGCUGAUGUUUACUCAUCCCAGGAGGUGGCCACAGAGAAAGCAGAGGAGUGUUGAGCAUGUACUGGGCUUGGGGUAGGUCACUUGGCUACAGCAGUGAGAGCAUUCCAGCCUUGCUGGUCCUAGAAAGCAGAAUUCUAGGGCAGGGCUGCUGCACAUGCUAGAGAGGGUUGCAUCCCUGGUGUGAUAUUCUACCCUGGGCACACCUCUGAUGACCCGCAGCCCCUCAGGCAGAGCAGAAAAGGGGGAGCAACUGGAAGCCUUUCCUCUAGAGCCCUGUAGUUUUUGGGAAUGGAGGGAGAGGCUUUUCAGGGACCAGGUGACAAAGGAGGAUUAACUUCAGGAGAAAAGGUGAGAUGGGAAGACCCUGAAGGCUGUUCUCAGUAGCUGGUAAGACCUCUCUCACAUUCAGUGCCAUGGUUCUUCGACCAAAUCUGCUCUUAGGUUUGUUUCUGGGACAGUAUCUUGCACAGAAUACACAUGCUCCCUCCUAUGUGGCCUUGCACAGGGAGGUGCUGGUCUCAGAACCUGGAUGUCUCAUGGCAUCUUGUUGCUGGUGUUCAUCCUUUCCCUCCCUAGCCCCUUACAGUCAGCACUAUUACAGCAGUGCUUCCCAUGUUAGCUGGUAGGUUCAGAUCAGGGAAGGAGCCUGUAACACAGCAGACAAAAUGCUUCCCUCCCAAGGCUGACACUGCUGCCUGCGUGAAGCAGCCUAGUACCUUUCUUUUUGCAGGUGGAGAGCACAGCUUGGAGACAGCAGGUCAUGCUUUUGUGCCUUCUAUUCCAUUGAGAAGCCUGUUUGACAUAACAUGGGGCAGUCACAGGGUUGAGAUUUCUCUUCUUGGGGAGAGAGACAUCUUCUGUGCUUCAAAAAGCCCUGGUGAUACAUUUUUCUGGUUGCUGAGUGAUGGAGCAAAGAGAGGGGGAAGUUUAGACUCUUCCUCUGUCUGGGAGCAGAUAGGGCACGUGGUUACUCAAAGAUCUCAAAAUGAGGGAGUGUCUCCUCAGUCUUAGGGUUGCUGUGGGCAGGCAGAAGCAAUGUGCUGAAGUAGGAUGGGUAAGCACUCUGCCCUGUGCUUCCUGCAGGAGGUGGAGAUUUGCUCACAUUUCUGCUGUCACCAUCCAUUCUGUCACCUCCCAGGCCUUUUAUACCAGGAGAUGCAGCCCACAGAUCUGCUAUCUUGCCUCAGGGCAUGGCUGCCUCCUAUCUUGGACCAAGACAUUUCUCUUGUGAGGCUCCUGUUGGUCUUACUGGUUCAAUCAUAAGUUAUUUGUGUAGAUUUUAACAAAGUUUGAGAAUGAUUAUUCAUUUCAUAAAUUAAAUAUGAUUUUUUUUCUGUA